AUGAUCUUGUAUGGCGAGGGUGGGACGGGAAAGUCGAGAGUGAUCCAAACGGUUACAGAGGCGUUUGUCACCAAGGGGGUCGACUACAUGCUGGUGAAAUCAGCAUACACCGGUGUUGCUGCAUCACUGAUAGAUGGGAAGACGACGCACACAAUUGCGCACCUAUCAAUUGGUUCUGAUGGUACCAUCAGUGACGACUCCAAGGUUGUACUGCAGGAGUUCUGGCGAAAUCGACAGUAUCUCAUCAUCGACGAGUUCUCCAUGUUGGCGAAAACAUUUCUCGCGAACCUGUCAAACACUGUGUCAGUCGGAAAAGAAGGCACCCCACACCGGAAGGAUCGUUUCUGGGGAGGCAUCAAUGUUGUACUUUGUGGUGACCUGCAUCAAUUCCCUCCUGUUGCGAAGGGAGCAUCAGAAGCCCUGUUCCGUCCCAUCGGUGUCAGAGACUCUGACGACUGUGCCCUCGGACGGAUGACCUACGAGGAAUUCACCACUGUUGUCAUCCUCAAGGAGCAGAUGCGCGUGACGGAUGAGGUGUGGAGGAAAUUUCUGGCACAUCUGAGACAUGGCAAUGUCCAGCCACGACACAUUGACAUGCUACGGAGCCUGAUCAUCAAUCAACGUGAAAGUCCACAUACCGACUUUGAUUCAGCACCUUGGUCCGAUGCAUCUCUAGUCACGCCUCGUCAUGCCGUGCGCAAGAUGUGGAAUGCGGCGGCAGUCCGAAAAUGGUGCAGGAAAUCGGGAGAGCGCCUGUUCGUUGUGGGUGCAGAGGACAGUUGCAAAGGCCGUCCGCUCACCGUUCGGGAAAAAUACGCCGUGCUCAUGCGCAACAAAGACAAGAGAAACAGAUCACACAAAAAGGAUCUCCCAGAGCAGAUCGAGCUGGCGAAAGGAAUGAAGGUGAUGGUGACUUCCAAUGUGGAGACCGACCUUGACGUUGCGAAUGGCGCGCGUGGUGAGAUCGUAGACAUCGUGCUUCAUCCGGAUGAGCCGCCACUGGGUCCGGAACCAGUCGUUAACCUGAUGAAGUAUCUGCCAGCAUUUGUGCUCGUAAAGCUUAGUCGUACACGUGCGACGACAUUGGAGGGUCUGGGAGAAUGCGUGAUUCCUGUGGAGCCCAUGGCGAUGUCGAUGCGGAUCAAGGUGGACUUACCGGGAGGCAUGGUCGGGCACCGCUAUGUGCGUCGGAAGCAGUUCCCAGUGACAGGCGCAUAUGCGUUCACUGACUACCAGUCUCAAGGGCAAACUAUUCCUAUUGUCAUUGUCGAUAUGAAGACACCACCACCACCUGGAACUCUAAGUCUGUUCAACCUUUAUGUCGCGCUCUCAAGGAGUUCUGGUCGCUCAACGAUUCGAUUGCUUCGGGAUUUUGAUCCGGAAUUGCUUCUAAAACAGUCGCAUGAUCCCGAUCUUCUGGCAGAGGAUGACAGGCUGGAGCGGUUGAAUGAGCAGACGAAAGCAUGGUGGGUAGAGAUGGGCCAUUGCAUAUCGAGAGAUCCUAGUUCACGUUGA